CUUCCAUCCGCCUCAGCCUGGCGCACCUACUUCUUCCAAGAAGUAGCAGGAGAUAAAUACCUCGAAUCCCAACUCCUCUUUAUGACAAUCGUCACAGGCGCCCUAGACGCAAUGACCUUCACGCAAUACCGAGUCUUCGCCUCAAAAAUGACCGGCAACACCCUCUUCCUCGCCCUCUACGCCUUCCGUCUCCCAGCUUUAGACCCAGGAAUUGAAAAAAACGUCGGAAUCAGCAUGGGAAUCUUCGUCUUCGGCGCAACCUUCUUCGGCCAUUUAGGUCACGUCUCCAGACAGCGACGAAGGAUCUGGUUACUGAUUUCAAAUUCUUUCCAAGCAAUCCUCAUGCUCGCGGCCGCGGCGAUCAGGUAUUGGGUUAGUAGGCAAAGCACCGGACCUGGAGCCAUGGCGAUAUUAGCAUGUCUCGCGUUCGCGGAAUCGGGACAGAUUGCGAAUGCGUUAAAUGUAUCGAUGCCGGAACUCAACACUACGAUGAUUACCGGCGCUUUGAUACAGCUUUGUACGGACAAGGACUUCUUCAAAGUGCACAACACGAAACGGAAUCGGAGGUUGGCGUUCUUUGCUGCGAUGUUAGCGGGGGGGUUCAUUGGCACUGCGGUUUUGGCCAAGAGGAGUCCGAGUGCGGUUAUUGUGGUUGUGGCUGCUAUGAAGGGUGCUUUGGUGAUCAGUUUCUUUUUUAAUCGGGGCUUGGUGCAGAAGAAGAUGCAGCUUGAGGAUGGCAAUGAGCGAGUUGAAGGAGCUAUCACGCCUGCGAGUCGAGUCUUGUGGGGUGAUUGA